GUUCAAUAUUCAUGAUGUAUUCGUAAUUUUGAAUUGAAAGUUGCAUUUUGUGCGGCGUGGCGGCGUUUUUAUUAGUUUUGUGUCGUUGAUACUGAUAUCUAUUGAGCGGUAAAAUGAAUUUAAAUUUACAAACUUAAUCUUUGUAUGGAGGUUUAUCGAAAGCGGGUAUUUAAGUGCGUGGUACCUGGUUGUACCGAUAAAAUCAGUUCAAGGUAUACAUUUCCAAGAUAUGAUGCCGAUCUUUUUAACAACUGGAUUGAACAAGUGCGAAAUCCAGUUUUGAACAACCAAACUCACGAACAAAUCUAUAAAAGACAAAAUUAGCUGUUCCUAUAUUACAUCUUCCUGAACUUCAAUCUUCAAUGGUUUUGAAACGAACCGGCAAUAUUCACGUUGGCUUUACCUUCAUUUAGUGAAGAAAUUCUAGUUGAAAAUGCAUAAUGAUGGUGAUGCAGACAUGGACGCCGAUGAUCCGAUGGAAAUUGAUGAUACAAUCCCUACCGCACGGAUAAUUGAACGAAAAUCCGACGUAAAAGAUACAUCAUCAGAUACAACUUUACAAGAGUCUGGAACAAGGCAGCAAUCACAGAAUGAUUCUGAUAUUAUGGAAAUUCGGGAUGACGACCCUGAUAACGGGAAAACUGGAAGCGAAAAAGAUGCUGAUAUUGUUAUUUUGGAUGAUGAUGAGGAUGAUCCACUAUCAACAGAAAAACCUAAUGAAAAACAGCAAUCUACCAGUCAGAGUAUGGAGGUGAAAGACGUGAUUGAUCUGGUGGAUAAACCACACAGCAGAUGUUUGAACAGCAGUUGUCCAGGAAAUUCUACAAUUAUGAUUGCAGCUGCUGAUUUCUGCUUGUCAUAUUACAGAGUCAAGAGGAGUAACAAUCAUAAGGAAGAGAUUUGUGAAGAUUGUUACAAUAAGGCAGUUGAGGAUUUUGACCGUUUGAGUUUGAAACUGAAAAGCGGCGGCUUACUCUUGACCGAAAAAUACCCCAUAAUAAACGAGACUCUUCAGAUCGACGAUAGUGAUGAAGAAGAUAGCGAUAACGAAGGUAGCAUGGAAUAUAUUGACCAAGAAAACUUCGAGUUUAUUGCUAAGAACUUCGAUCAGAUUUUUGAUGAGACUUUAGAGAAGUUCAAACUUGAGAAACAGUAUCAGCUGGAAGCUGAGUACUUGAAGGAAGAAAAUAAAAAGGUUGAAGAGAAAUGUACAGAAUUGACAAACGACGUCAAAAACAUCAGAACUAUGUUAGAUGGAAUACAACUUAAUUUAUACAACUACUUUAGACCUGAUUUUUGUAACCUAAAGGGUCUUACAAUCGUGGAUGAUUGUUCAUUAUCAGCAAAUAUGUUUAUAAAAUCAGAUAGUGAACCUGCACGAAAAAGUACUAGAAGUCAAAAUAAGCCAAUUUCCUAUGUGGAGCUUGAUGAUGCAUCAAACAGCCCUAAAAUUGCUCCUCCUGUUGCAAAACAAGGAGCAGCGAGUAGUGAAUCUAAGACAUCUGGUGUUCAACCGCCGCCAGAUUUACCGCCUUUACUGUCUAUUGAGAAACCUGAACUGAAAGUUGGUGAACUAUACUAUAUUGCAAGGGAGAACGCUCAAGGCAACUGGGUGCGAGCUAGAUUAACGCAGAUCAUCAAUCCAGUGCCGUCGAACAUGGGAGUAUGCUACAAAAUGACUGAACUGAAACAACAAAAGGAGAGAUUUGUCAACGGUAGGAGCGUGGCAUAUCUUAACGCGAGCAAAGUGAGACUGCCUGUAGGUACCAGAGUGAUAUCAGAAUUCAAGGAGACGACCGGUUUUGGAGAGAAAAAGCCUAAACACAAUCUCUACUAUGCAGGAAUUGUUGCGGAACAACCAUUUGAAGGAAAUAACUUCAGAUACCUGAUAUUUUUCGACAUUGGUUAUUCGCAGUAUGUCAGCUAUCAUAGUGUAAAUUUGGUCUAUGAAUCGAGCCCUAAAGUAUGGGAAGACGUUCUGAUCGAUUCCAGGCCGUUUAUUAAAAAAUAUUUAGAGAGCCAAGAUAGACCUAUGGUUAAAUUAGCUAAAGAUCAGACUGUACGAGUUGAAUACAAUGGUAAAUGGUGGUUAUGUACUGUCAUAAAGGUAGACUGCUCAUUAGUACAGGUAUUUUUUGACAGUUUGAGUAGAACCGAAUGGAUAUACCGAGGUUCCACAAGAUUAAGUCCUAUGUUUAGAGAAGAGCAAGCGGCUACCAAUAGGCAUACUGGUUUGAGAACAUCUAGGAAGGCUGGUCCCAACGAAUCUAUGACGGUGGUGCAAUACACUCGGCAUAACAACUUUCUGCAAUCUGGAGACUCUCAAGAUCAGAAGCAUCAAACUUCCGAUCCUGAAAAAGCCCCCGAGCGCAUUGACUUGGAGGCAGAUGAGGCGCCAGUAGAACAUACAUCGAAUGUUAGGGCUGUAGCAAGGAAGAGCACAACCAGACCCCAACUUAGUAAUACGCCAGCACAAAAUAUUGUGCCUUUCCUACCACCUGUAUCUAACAAUACUAUCAGUAGCAGUGGUCCUACUAGCAAGAUUAUGUACUUCACACCUCACGAGAAGGUAAUAAUAAAGCGUACCUAUACACCUCACGACUGUUCGCCCCAGUGUAAGGAGUACCUAACGCAUAACUUCAACCAGCUAAGGGGUCACAACCCUCUGUCGAAGCCGCUGUUGUGCGGAUGGGGAAGAAUGACUCAAAAAGCGAAAAGCGGUAACAAGAAAGAAAUCGUAUAUAAGGCUCCAUGCGGAAGGCUACUUAGAAAUAUUGCUGAGGUUCAUUAUUAUCUAAGGUUAACUGAAAGUGAAAUGACAGUGGAUCUAUUUGAUUUUAAUCAUAUGGUGAGAUGUUUAGCAGAGUUUGCUGUUGAAUGCAACCCCGACCCUAAGGAUCUUUCAAAAGGUCUGGAACAGGUACCAAUACCAGUUAUUAACGGUAUAAACAAUGAAAUGUUAGACUUCUGCAACUAUAGUAUCAAGAGGGUGCCCAUGGAAGGUGUGAACUUGAAUUUGGACCCUGAAUUUUUAUGUGGCUGCAAUUGUGAAGAUAACUGCAUUGAUAAAACUAAAUGUGCUUGCUGGAAAAUGACUAUGGAAGGUGCUAAAUACAUAGGAAAAGAUGUAGAUCCAAAUUCAAUUGGUUAUAUUUAUAGGAGAUUGCCUGAACAAGUCAUUACUGGAAUCUACGAGUGCAACUCUAGGUGUAAGUGUAGCUCUACUUGUUUGAAUAGAGUAGUACAAAAUCCGAUGAGCUUGAAACUGCAAGUGUUUAAAACUCAUAACAGAGGAUGGGGCAUUAGAUGUCUCAAUGAUAUUCCGCAGGGUACCUUCAUCUGUAUAUAUGCAGGCACUUUACACACAGAAGCUAUGGCCAAUCAGGAUGGCAUGGCAUAUGGCGAUGAAUACUUUGCAGAGUUAGAUUACAUAGAAACAGUGGAAAAGUACAAAGAAGAUUAUGAAGCUGAGGUUAUGGAAGAUGAAGACUAUAGAGAAAAGAGUCCGAUAGAGGAAGAAGAAGAGGAAGAAACCAAGAAAUCCAAGAAACGUAACAGUUACACUAUCGAUAACGAUUUUUCAUUGCCGAUAAAGGUUGAUGUGAAGCAAACCAGCAGGGAAGGUAUCAGGACUCGACUAAGAGCGAGAAACAUCGAUGAUGAUAAAACGGAACCCAACGAAACUAAGGAACAAGAAAAACCAAAAGUUAAAGAAGAACCCAAGCUCACUGUUGAUCAAUUGUCUGGCAGUAUAGAAACUGUUACUAUAAGCGAUGAAGAAGAUGAGGGGCGCGAAGUGUUGAAUUUCGAUUCUAAAGCAAAAGGGCUUGAUGAUAAGUCCCUACGGUACACUUCCGUUAGGGAAGUGUUUGGGGAAGACGAAUGUGUCUAUGUGAUGGACGCCAAAAAUACUGGAAAUAUCGGAAGGUUUCUUAAUCAUUCCUGCUCGCCGAAUAUAUUCGUCCAGAACGUCUUCGUGGACACGCAUGAUCCCCGAUUUCCUUGGGUGGCCUUUUUCAGUUCCCAGUUCAUCCGAGCUGGCACUGAAUUGACCUGGAACUAUAACUACGAUAUUGGAAGUGUACCAAACAGGGUGUUGUACUGCCUGUGCGCUUCCCUGGAAUGUAAAGGAAGGCUGCUUUAAAGUAGGAUUAUUUGUAAUUUAGAAUGUGAUCUUCAAAAAGAAUUUUGUAAUAUAAGCCGUGAAAAUUAAAAAAAAUGUUACAGUGUA